AAGCCGUGUUCUUCAUGUUGCAGCGUUGCAGCAAUGCGGGGAUGCCCUGAAACUGCAUAUGCAGUGGUGGCUUCAAGAAACGUGCUGUCUGAGGCGUUAGCACAUGGCACGCUGAGACAUGCGGUGCCCAAGACUAUCGGUGCCCACACUAAGGCGACAAGGGAUUGCCAAGUCUUGGUGUGCUGACGACUCUCGAUCUACGCUGAGGUGGGAACGCAUGGGAUUGCAGGGAUUGCUAAGACUUCGAAGAGCGGAGAUCACCCCAUUCAGAUGGGAUUGCAUGGGCUUGCCAGGUCCAGAUGUAUCCAAGGCCCUAAGACCCUAAGAGUGGCUAUUAGUGGCUGUCAACAUACGGCACCACCCCCAGUCAAACAAGAUAUCACACAAUCCAUCACAUACCCCUUUCCACUAACAAUGGUUUCCUGCAAGCACUGCUUUCCCCUCCACAGAACCCACCCGCCCUUGCGGUCUAGCAUUUCCCGAGUGGUAGGUGCAACAGCGCUCGGUUCUGUUAAAUCACAAAAAGUAAAUCACGGGUUGCUUUGCGGGGGCGUUAGCUUAGAGCGGGAUGACCGCCAAGUGUGGCGUCCAAUAUGGCUCUGGGCAGUUCGCAAAACAAUCUUAUACACAAUGGUCGUCAGUGCCUUCAGAAAUACGUGCAGAUGACGCUGUCCUCGUACUUUUUGCAGUUGGAGAUGGUUGUGCAUCUGCUGGUUCAAAUCAUAACCCAUCACUAUUAACACUGAUAUUUGGCAGCAAUCUUGUCAAACUCUUCUACAGCCUCGCCGGCUCAACAUUCGUUACCCUGUUUUAUUGCUUCAGUAACUUGCCGCAAUGUCAGCGAACAAUGGCCUCACAGGCGCGCUGGAGACGACGACACUGCCCAUUGCGAUGACCAUCAGCGCCUUUACUGCGAUAGCAUGGUAUUUAGUCAUCGACCUCAACGUUGUCAUUUGGAUGACCUUCAAAAGGCGCCACGGGCUCUACUUUUACAGUCUGCUCUGCGCGUCGUGGGGGAUUGCAUUAUUCGCUCUGGCAUUUCUCAUGAAGUUUUUCAAUAUCUGGGAAAAUCCUUAUAUCUCAUGUACCUUUAUUACCAUUGGGUGGUAUGCUAUGGUUACAGGCCAGUCACUCGUUUUAUAUUCUCGACUCCAUCUCGUCGUUCACGAUAAGCGCAAUAUCCGAUGGGUCCUCUAUAUGAUUAUCACCAGCGUUGUCUUAUUUCACUUUCCUACAACGGUCAUGACUUUCGGGGCAAAUUCAGACAAGGCAGAUCUCUUUGCCACUCCAUACUCGAUCAUGGAGAAGAUUCAAGUCACAGCCUUCUGCAUACAGGAAUUUAUCAUCUCAGGCCUCUAUAUCUACGCAACACGACAGAUCCUCAAGCCAGGAGGAACCUUCCAGAAGAAGCGCACACGCCAGGUCAUGAUGCACUUAAUCUACGUCAACGUUAUUGUCAUGUUGAUGGACAUUACACUCCUCGGUACCGAGUACGCUAACCUUUACGAAAUCCAAAUAACAUUCAAAAGCGCUCUCUACAGCGUCAAAUUACGACUCGAAUUCGCUGUUCUCAACCAGCUGAGAUCACUCGUGUUCCCAGGCGAUGGCUCCGGCGGCAAUCAAAGCAGCUCGAAUCAUAACCAUCAGUCUAGACCAAGAGAGGGGACAGCCCUCCGUACACUCCAGGGCCAGGGCCACCAGGCAGAUGAAGCAGCACAGUCAAACAAUUAUACGUGCUUUGCAAGUAGCAACAAACCGUCGCCGCUUUCUCGCCGUGGUGAGGAUGAUACUCGAGUGAUAAUUGCGACUGAGGUUGUGGUGAAGACUGAAGAUGCUUCCAAGACAAAUCAGGGGGCUGGGACGAGGACGGAUAUCGUUGCGAAUGGCAGAACGAGCAGGCAGAAUGGGAAGCUUUCUCCAAGUUCAUCAGAGGUGGAGUUCGCAAACGCUGGUUAUUGACCGUCAUGUAAUAAUAAGGGAGCUCGUUGAGAUUGUAUUCUAAUAAGCUAUAUUAAUGAGCAGAUUAACAAGUUUGUUGCUAGGAGAAGCAACAUACGUAGUUUGCAGGAUAGGAUUGAUGAAUAUUAGGGAUUUCAAGGCUAGCGGU